AUGUCUACUUAUUUGGAUGGUUACCAAUUCGGGGUUGGUAUUCCUGCAGGAGGGGAAAGCAUUUUACACGCUGUAAAUCGCUUACUGGAGUUGAAUGGUCACUCAGAUAAAAUGUCAAUGUUGCUCAUUGACUUUUCCAAUGCUUUUAACAUGGUGAGUAGAUCGCAACUCAUCAAGGAGGCCCGCCUUCAUUGUACAGGUAUUUCUUGCUGGGUGGAAUACUUGAGGCCUACCAAACUCUAUUAUGACCAUUAUAUUUUGUCCUUUGCACUUGGUGUUCAGCAAGGUGACCCUCUCGGUCCCUUGCUUUUUGCUUUGACACUUCACCUACUGGUGAAGACUAUUGCUUCUCGGUGCAAACUGGACUUGCAUGCUUGGUACCUUGAUGAUGGUACGAUUAUUGGUGACACGUUAGAGGUAGCUAAGGCUCUGAGCAUAAUAGAAACUGAAGGACCAGGCAGGGGUUUACAUCUUAAUGUUAAAAAAACUGAAGUCUUUUGGCCUUCUCCUGAUCCCAGACGCACAUAUGAUGGUGUUUUCCCUGCGGAUAUUGGUAGACCUUCUAAUGGUGUUAAACUGUUGGGUGGACCGGUGAGUUUAGAUUUGAACUUUAUCAGCGAUAUGAUGUUGAACAGGGUGAAUAAGACUGUUCAAUUGAUGUCUGCAAUCAAGAAACUCAAAGACCCUCAAAGUGAGAUGCUAUUGCUUCACAAUUGCACUGGAGUUUCUAGAUUAUAUUUCGCAAUGCGUACUACCAAUCUUGCAGCCCUGCAAUCAGCCACAGCUUCUUUCGGUGAUCACUUACUUAAGUAUUUAAGACUUCUUAUCACUAGUGAUGGCGCAGGGUUUGGUCCUCUACAACAGCGAUUAGCUACCUUACCUAUCAAAGAUGGUGGACUUGGCAUUUACACCAUGGCUGACACUAGCGCCUAUUGUUACCUUGCCUCUCAGAGUCAGACUAUUUUAGUGCAAAAGGUGAUUCUUGGUAAUUUAUUAUCAACUGACAAGGGCUCUGCUUACACCCCCACACUUAUAUUUUGCUAG